AUUUGCCUAUAUUCGUUUCUCUGUUUCCCCUUCUCUUCCAUUGCUGAAACAGAAAUUCUAAGCUUGGAUGGGUAUUCAUGAUGAUGGUGCAUGUAAAACUGCUCUCGUUCUCCGUUUAGGACUCUCAUCGACCGUGGAGUCGCCGUCGAAGCCCGAUAACAAACAAACUCCCAACAGGAAUCCAUCGUUUCUAAAGUUCGAAGCAACGAGCUUUGAUGAUGAACCCUCGCUGACGUUGGGGCUCUCUGGUGGCGGUGAGGUUGAUGUGAAACCUGCGGGUGAUUUGUAUCGUCAAGCUUCGACUGUUAGUGCUGUUUCUUCGUUUUCAAGCGGUAAGGUGAAGAGGGAGAGAGAGGUUAGCAGUGAGGAAUUAAUGGAGGUUGAGAAUAAUAAUAAUAAUUCCUCUAGACUCAGUGAUGAAGAUGAAGAAGGCGUUAAUGGAAGAAAGAAGCUCCGGCUCUCCAAACAACAAUCUGCUCUUCUCGAGGAAAGCUUCAAACAACACAGCACUCUCAAUCCCAAACAGAAGCAAGCUUUAGCAAGGCAGUUGAACUUGAAGCCUAGACAAGUUGAAGUAUGGUUUCAGAACAGAAGAGCAAGGACAAAGCUGAAGCAAACUGAGGUGGACUGUGAGUUGUUGAAAAAGUGUUGCGAGACACUGACGGAUGAAAACAGGAGACUGCAGAAGGAGAUUCAAGAACUCAAGGCACUGAAACUGACUCAACCCUUUUACAUGCAAAUGCAAGCGGCCACCCUCACCAUGUGCCCAUCUUGUGAGAUAACAACCGCCGUUGCCGACGCCAAUGCCAAUUCCAACACCCCGUUUUCGAUGGCUUCGAAGCCUCACCAUUUCCAUAAUAGUAAUCCCUUAAGCAGUCCUUCUGCAGCUUGUUGAUUAAGUUUUUCGGAAACUUAUUCGUAUCAAAAGAAAGAAAACACCACCCAACAAGCCAUCAAACCCUUUAUUAUUUGGUUGAGGGCUUCUAGUGAAUUAAAACUAGUUUAAUUAUUUAAUUAAUUAAUUUGUAGAAAUCACUCAUCUUCCCCCCCCCCCAUACAUGUAUGUAAAUGUUGAAUAGAAAAUAUAUAUAGCAUCUAUGAAAGUAUUACUGUUUUUGUGUUUA